UGAUCAAGUGAUGGAAGGAGGGAAGGACGGAGAGGGGUGGUGUGAGAAGUGAGAGCAGAGGAAGAUAGUGAAGCACAUAUGCAUGAACUAACUGAAGCCCUAUGGCUCUCAAUACUCGCUUUUGUUUGGUGUGUAGGUGCAAACUCAGUUCUAUGGUGGAGUCGAUACCCAAGAGCAAGAAGAACAAGAGAUGUGCAUUGCACUCUCUAGACACUCAUAAAACCCGCUGCCCAACCAGCAGUUGGAUCGACGUCUGGGAGAUGAUGUCGCAAGAUUGCCGGGAAGAAGUGGUGCUCAUUGACUCCAAGUGUCUGCUCGAUACAAUGGAGUCUUAUCUUGGCAAACAUAGGUUCUGUGCUGAGUGUCGGUCGAAGGUGCUACGUGCUUACAGUCUGCUCGUCGGUGAGGUGGACAGCACGAAGGAGAAGGGCUACUGCGCGGCGCUGUACGACGGCCUGCGCUGCUGCGCGCAAGAUCGACACGUACACGUGCUCGGCAACACUGAGUUCAUCGACAACUUGAUCAGCCGCGCCGAGCCCGAGUUGCUGGGCAGGUACUCCGGCAGGGAGCGGCAUGCGAAGACGAUCGACAUCGCUCAGGAAGAGGUGCUCACCUGCGUCGGCAUUUACCUGUACGAGCGUCUGCAUCGCAUCUACCAGCGCGUGCGAGCCGAGGACCAAACCUGGCAGCUGCUCUUCUACCUGGGUGUAGACUGCCUACGUAAGAGCUACGAGAUUGCGAUCGAGAACAAGCAGGGCGUGAGCAACCUGGAGCUGCUCUACAACGAGAUCGUGCAGGAGGAGCACCUCAAGGAGGUGCGGCGCGAGCUAAAGCGGCAGAAGAAGAAGCAGCGGCGGCGUAACAACCGCGCGCUCGCCGCCGAAGCCGACAAGGAGAGCGCCGAGCAGGCGGACCGCGAAGACGAGGAAGAGGAGGAGGAGGAGGAAGAGGAGGAAGAGGAGUAUGAAGCGCGUCGAAAAGGAGAGGAGUCGCCUCUCCCCAGCUGUAAGUGCAAUGGCUCCUCUCUCCCCAAAGCCAAGUGCAGCGACGCUACGCAUAGGCGGCUAAAACUGCAGGCAUCUUCCACCGAGUCUUCCAGUUGCAACGUCGUGCGGUGUAGUUGCAGCAGUGCGCCACCUGGUGGUAGGGAGAACAAGGCCCCGCCGGGGUGUAAUGAGUCUCGCAGGGGAUGUCCCGGUAGCGCGGGAGCGAAGGCGUGCGAUGGCUUGGCAGCGUGUGCGGGCAAGAAGGUGUCGGCAACGUGUCAGUAUACCGCAAAGGCACCGGCAGCGUGUCGCGGUACGAAAGCCGCGCCCUUCACCUGGAGCGGCGCGAAACUGGGAAGCCAUGCGACGGCGCACGGCGCCUGCACUCUGCCGGCGAAGCAACACAUCGGCCAGCCGUCGCACCUCGCAGUGAAUUUGGGCAGCGCGGCGACGCGGCACAUGCACGCGUGUGUGCUGUCGCCCACCUCCGGGGAGGGAGCGAGCAAGAUGAAGCAGGGACAGGCGUGCGCGUGCAUGUCGCUGUGCUGCGGCAAGCUGGCGACUCUGCAGGAGGCCGGCGCGGCGGUCAAGGCGACGGCAACAAGCGCGAAGGGCAAGAAGUCGAAGAAGCGGCAGGAUAAUGUGACCGGCGGCGCAGCGGACGGCAAGACUCAGAAACAGAUGACGGACAAGAAGGUAGCGGCAGGGUUGGUGUACGGCGGCGGUGGUGGCGGCGGUGCGAUCAGCAGCAACCGCAGCGACUAUGGCUACUCGUCAGCCAGCAGCGACGCGUGGGGCUCACCCAGCAGCUCCCGCAGCGGCUCCGACAUCGUGUGCAACGCGUGCGCGUCCGAGGGUGAUGACCCUUGUGAGCAUUGCUCGUUGGAGGCGCGCAGCCCGGCCAGCAGCCCUGCUGGCGUGACUAGCAAGCUCCCGCCGUUCGCGACGCCCAGCCUGGAAGACAUGCUCAAUUGCUCGUGUUCGUCCGGCGAGGAGGACCCACUCAUAUCGGAGGAGGAGAUACGGCAGUACCGCGUGCGCGAGAGGCAGCUUGCCACUGAGCGUCUACAGCUGAGGCAGCGUCUCAAGCAGCAGUUUGCACAGCUUCAGCAGCGCAGCUGCGCCGGCGGCAGCACGUGCACCGGCUCCUGCAAGCUGCGCGGCGGCGGCUGCACGGGCAACUGCCUGCCACAGCGCGACGUCAGCGUAGGGGGCGUCGCCGCCGGCGCUGGCCGCAUGGUUUUGCACUAGACGCAUCUAACACACUGGUCGGCAUGUCAGGGGUGUACACGUGGGGGGGGGGCUGCUCCGACAGGGGAGUUGAGGAGACGGUGUGGAGGCAGGUUGAGCGGCGGCGGUGGGGUUUCCGUUAGUUCGUCGAUAGGUCGCUGUGCUCACCCCGAAGGAAAUGGUGUGAUGAUAGAUAACAAAGUGUGAUCGUAGGUGACGAGUGUUCACGGGUAAGGAGCGUUCGCCCGGAGAUAGAACGCAGUUGUGGCGCGGGUGUCAAGUGUUUUUCUCGCACGUGGCAAGUAUGCACGUGCAGGCGACAAGCGGUUACUCGCAGGUGUGGGUGUUACUCCUAAUAGUGGUCACCGCAGUCUGGCUGAAUUGCAAAUAACUAAUCGGUUUGACAGCAACAGUGGAAAGCAAAUAUUGCUGUUGGUUUGCCACACGGAGUCAGGAGCAAUACAACAGCAAUGUGUGAUAAUAAUCCAUUCGGUAGUUACCAUUGUUAUUGUUGGUGUUGUUGUUGAUGUUGUUAUUGCUGCUGCCCAUCUGGCCUUGAAGGGUGUUUUGUUGAACAUUAUCACAUCGGGUGAUUCACCAGGUAAUAGCUAGCAUGUAUGGCCAAGGCUUGAUGGAUGUUAUGCCAUUUCUGAAUGGAACAAGAAUUUGUAAAAUGGUGCAAAGGAAUUUGUAAAUUAUAUCCCAGACCACGGUGACAUAAAUUGCCACAUCGUUCUUCCCAUUACAGCAUUUAUACAUGUAGCUGUCAUUAUAUAUCUGAUUUUUCAUGCUAUCAGCGACUAUAAUAGCAUUAUUGGUGUGUGUAGCGAGUUGAUGUGUAGAUUCGCAGGCAGACGUGACGUAGUGUAGGUGUGAGUGAGCUCACGCAUAUGGUUGGCCAUCGUGCUCAGAAAUCAUUAUUUUUACCGCGGUAGAAAUAAUUCAACCAAGGUUAAAUUAUUG